AUGACUAAUGCAUAUGAUGCCCGUGCUAGGGAUAAUCAAACCAAACAGAUCCAAGAAAUGGUGACUAAUGUGAAGAAGCACUUUGGACAAUUAUGCCAGUUGUUUGCUGCUUAUACACGAAAAACAGCACGGUUGCGUGACAAGGCCGACCUUCUUGUAAAAGAAGUGCAUUUUUAUGGAGACACGGAGACACCAAAUUUGAGAAAAGGGCUGAAACUUUUCGCAGAUCAGUUGGCAAAGGUGCAGGACUACCGUCACGCCCAGGUUGAGAGACUUGAAGCUAAAGUGGUAGAACCUUUGAAAUCUUAUGGGACUAUUUUGAGGUUCAAUCGAGAAAAUCUGAAGGCUACUUUAAGUGCAAGGAGCCGUGAAGUUCAACAGUUGCAGCAGUUGGAAAGAAUGAGGCAAAAAAAUCCAUCAGAUCGUCAAAUAAUUUCUCAGGCUGAAAGUAAUCUUCAAAGGGCAACGAUGAAUGCUACUCGUACAACACUUCAACUUGAAGAAGCCAUUGAUGAGUUUGAGAAGAAAAAGAUAAAAGAUAUAAAGACAAUUUUUACUGAAUUUAUAACAAUUGAAAUGGCAUUCCAUGCAAAAGCCUUAGAGGUGUACACCACAGCAUUUCACCAUAUACAAGAUGUAGAGGAAGAUGAGGAUCUACAGGUUUUCAGGAGUACACUGAGACCACCAGACUACAGGAAUCCUCUCGAACUAGUUUGUACUCAUUCCAGAGCAUCCCUUGACAGAAUACAUUCUCCAAGGAAUCUGCAGCUAACAUCAUGCAGUAAUAAGGAGUCAGAUGAGGACACAGAUGAUGAUGAUGAUGAUGAUAACAGCUUUGAAGAUGAAGAUUAAACAUUUUUCAUUUACAAAAAGAAUGUACUUCCCUUUGUUUUAAGAGGUACAUCCACCCACCCAUAUAUUUACCGUAAUUUUAUUGGUAGAAAUUUAUGAUCUGUUCUGGUCUCUUUAAAACUAUUAUUUAUUGAAACAAAUGUGUACUAUCAACUUUGGCAACUAAAAAAUGAAAUGUCUGAAUUUUACUAGCCACUUAUCACCAUAUAUUAUAAAUGGGUUUGGGGUUUUAUUCUUCUUCAUGUUCAUCUUCUAUUUGUCAGUUUUUUUAUAGGUUUCAGCAUGAUUUUUACGGGUUUACACAUAUACAAUGCUGAGCAAAUGCAAUGGAAGAAAAUGAUAAAAUAAAGGAGGUCCUGUGUAGAUACUAUUAUUUCUUCAUUAUUGUGAACAUACAUUUCAGAGUAUUUUUUUCUGCCCUUUCCCUCUUCAGAGGGACUUUGACUUUUCUUUAACUUCACACUCAUUAUAGCUUUCAGUAUACAGGAGCC